AUGUCGGAGGCCCACAUUGUAACGCCCAUCUCCAGCACCCCACCCAACAUCCACGACCUGACCGGGGGAUCGGCGAUGACUCAAGCCUCCAUGCCCCCGAGUGCCCAGGCAACUUAUAGGGCUCAGCCGAACUCCACGGUCACGGAGACACAGGAUCUUUUUUGGCCACCUAAACAAUAUCCCUUCGGAUACAGACCGUGGCCCGCGGGCUUCCCCGACCUCACCAAGUUGGGCAUGAGGUUCGACGUGCAGUUCACCUUCGGCGAGAAGUUCACCUUGGGCAUGUACCGGUGGUCCCGGCGGAGGUUCACCCACUUGUUCCUGAUCUUUAUCCUGGCACUCUACAGCCUGGGUGGGGCGCUCCUGUUCAAGGUCAUCGAAGUUUUACUUCCUCAUGAUAAGUUGGAACUACUGGAGCUCAAGGGACUGCAGAGAAAUUUCUUCGACGAAAUGCGUCAGAUGACCAAGGAUCCACAACUGAGCGGGUUCUUGGAAAUAGAGUUCGACAGUCAAGUGCUGCGAAUAAUGAAAAAUCAUUCUUCGGCGGUGGAAUCGCUACUGAGGGACGGACUGGCGGAGAAGCCGAAACCCUGGUCCUUUUGGGAAUCCAUGGUGUACUGCUGCACCAUAUACACAACCAUAGGAUAUGGCUACAUCACUCCAAAGACGGACCUGGGCCGAUCACUGACCAUCGUCUACGCCAUCAUCGGCAUUCCCAUGUUCCUGAUCGUGAUGGCCGAUCUGGGAAAGCCCUUCACGCGCGGCGUCAAGUUUCCGUGGAGGUACGUGCGCCGCUUGUACUACACCCGCACCUGCCGCAGGAUACGGAGGCAGCAGCAGAUCCGCGACCCCAUGAUCGGCUUCUCCGAUGUCUACGAAAAUGCUAUCCGGCGGCAAACCAUCUUCUUCCGCAAGUCCAGCGAGACGAACGACGAAGACUCACAGGCGGGUGCCGAGGCGGGCCGAUCGCUGGCCACCUCGGACCCGGAGAAGCCUACGUCGCCGUAUCCGGAGACCUUCGAAGUGGACGACGAGUUCAACCUGCCGGUGUCGGUGGCCUCGCUCCUGGUCCUCUCGUACAUCCUGCUGGGAACCUACGGCUACACACUGGUGGAGUCGGAAUGGUCCACUUUGGACGCCUUCUACUACGUGUUCAUAUCAAUGUCCACCAUCGGCUUCGGCGACCUUCUGCCCGGAAACCCCUUCUUGGUGAUGGUCAGCAUGAUCUACCUGAUAUUCGGCCUGGCCCUGACCUCCAUGUUCAUCAACGUGGUGCAGAUCAAGUUGAACGACCACUUUAAGCGGGCCAGUGCAAAGGUGGGCGCCAAAAUCGGCAUGAACAAGGUCAGCGAGUGCGACGAAGAGGGCGGGUCGGAGAUGUCU